UUUUAUCCAUAAAGCUUCUCUCUCUCUCGCUUUUAAGAGUCCUUCUGGUUCAGAUUUCCUUACUGCGAGGUCCGGGAAAGGAUCAGAACGCUGCUGACCUCAGUAUCCAGCAGACCGUAUUCGUGAGCUCCUGAACUUCCACGGGAGUUGCUACAGCAACAGAUCAAAACAUGGAGUGUAAACAAUUUAGGGAGUUUGCCAAGGAUAUGGUGGACUACAUCGGAGACUACUUGGAGAAUAUCAGGGACAGGAGGGUACUGCCCACUGUGGAGCCUGGCUACUUAAGGCCGUUGCUGCCAGAAGAGGCCCCAGAGAACCCCGACAAGUGGCAGGAUGUGAUGGCCGACAUCGAGAAGGUCAUCAUGCCGGGAGUGACACAUUGGCACUCACCACGCUUUCACGCCUAUUUCCCCACAGCUAACUCGUACCCCGCCAUUGUCGCCGACAUGCUCAGCAGUGGUAUCGCCUGCAUAGGCUUUUCUUGGAUCGCUAGUCCAGCUUGCACAGAGCUUGAAGUGGUAAUGAUGGAUUGGUUGGGAAAGAUGCUGGAGUUACCGAAAGAAUUUCUUGCUUCAACUAAUGGGAAAGGAGGCGGGAUCAUCCAGGGUACAGCUAGUGAGGCAACGCUGGUGGCGUUGCUCGGAGCUAAGGCGAAAGCUGUUCUCAGGGCGAAACAGGAACAUCCGGAGUGGAAUGAUGUCACCAUCAUUUCCAAAUUGGUGGGCUAUGCCUCGAACCAGGCCCAUUCUUCAGUGGAACGGGCAGGUCUGUUGGGAGGCGUUAAGCUGCGUUUGCUUCCUGCAGACGAGAAGCUAAGGCUGAGGGGAGAUACGCUUCAGAAAGCUAUACAAGAGGACCGCCACAACGGGCUAAUCCCAUUCUAUGCUGUGGCAACUCUCGGAACAACAAAUGCUUGUUCCUUCGACUCUCUGGAUGAACUGGGCCCGGUGUGCAACGAAGAAAGCGUCUGGCUUCAUGUGGACGCAGCUUAUGCAGGCUCCGCCUUUAUUUGCCCGGAGUUCCGGUACCUCAUGACCGGAAUUGAGCACGCAGACUCCUUCAACUUUAAUCCCCACAAGUGGAUGCUUGUGAAUUUCGACUGCUCUGCAAUGUGGUUGAAAGACCCCACGUACGUCGUCAAUGCUUUCAACGUAGAUCCACUGUAUCUGAAGCACGACCAACAGGGCGUAUUACCUGACUACAGACACUGGCAGAUCCCAUUGGGACGAAGAUUUCGGGCUCUCAAACUGUGGUUCGUGCUGAGACUGUACGGGGUCCGCAAUCUACAGGCCUUCAUUAGGAAACACGUAGCUCUUGCUCAUGAGUUUGAAGAUCUCGUCCGUCAGGAUAACCGCUUCGAGAUUUUCUCGGAAGUUGUCCUCGGCCUCGUCUGCUUCAGACUUAAGGGCUCCAAUGAGCGAAACGAGAUCCUUCUGAAGCGUAUCAACGGUCACGGAGUGAUCCACCUCGUGCCAUCCAAGAUUGGAGACACGUACUUUCUGCGGCUCGCCAUCUGCUCCAGAUUUACCGAAUCUCAAGACAUACAGUUGUCGUGGAAUGAAAUUCGAACCCUGGCCGACGAUGUUCUGGCUGAGGACCAACCAGGGAAGUGAUUAAAGGCCGCCUUGCAACGGAGGUGUCAUGCUCUCGGCUGCUCUCAAUCUUAAACCCACGCACCACAAGCCUUGCUCUCUCUGUCUUUUACAUUGAGACUCGAGGAAAAUUUCCCCAGUACCCUCACCCCUCCUAACAUCCACCCCCGCGCUUGAAUCCCCUUUUAAUCAGAUGGUGUAGUUUGAUAUUUGAAAUCCAAUAGAAACAGUUUCUUGUUGUGAUAUAGGAAAAUACAUAAAUACCACAUUUUAAAAUAAAUAUUUACAAAUG